GGAUGUAAACAAACCUGCGUGGACGAGGAUCAGGUGAUGGCGACUCCCUUACGCUGAUGUAUAUAAAGAGCCUAUUAGGGUGACGCGGCUCAAGGGCACAGUGUAUGAUCUACCAGAGGACGGGGAUCAGGAGAAGGUAGCCCCGAUAAUUUCCUCAAGGAGACGCGAGGGAGGGAAAAGACCUAAGCUGAAGUAAAGAAAAGGAGGAAAAUACCCACGAGAUGGCGGGCAUGAGAUAGUACUUAGAACGGCACACUAUGGGGACAAAGAAGACAUCCCUUGGAGUUGGAGAGUGAGCCUUCUCCUCUUGUCUCCAGUUGAGUUCCUGGUUCCAGUUCAUCUCCAACCAUGGCCUCAGAACAGGGGGACUCGUCCUCUUCUCAGGAUGUGACUCCUGUCCCUGCCGUAGCCCUCGUACAGUCCCAAAAUGAAGUUCUCCUCCCUUCCAACAACUGUCCAAAUUGCAAGUUGUUGAGCCGGCACUUGAAAAUCAGCCGAGAAUGGAAUAACUUCUUCCGCCUCAAACUGGACCAAAGGGACAUGUUACUUCACGUGGCUGCCGACUACAAACGGCAGAAGCAGAGGUGUCUUCAGCUGCAGAUGUCCCUGGACCAACAGAGCAGGGAGUGUGGGGAGAUGCGGGAACAGCUGACCAAUUUGCUGCUUGAAAUGAACCCACUCAGGGAGAGAGUUCAAGUUGCCGAGGAUGCUGUGAAGGAGGAAAGGGUGCGUAGAGAGAAGGCUGAAUCCAGUGAAUAUAACCUCCGCUUUCUCGUCGACCAGCAAGCUCACAAAAUAAAAGCCUGUGAGAAAUUGAAACCCAAUCUUACGGAAAUCUUGGAGAAGAGGCUCGUCCUUCUCCGGAGCGAAGUGAAGCGAUUGAAGGAAGAGAACUCACUGAAGUCACGUUCUGAGUGGGAGCUUAAGCAACAGGUGUCCCUGGCUCACUCCAAGCACCAGCGGACCCUCAAGAAGACUCGCUGGGGGCUCAGUCUUGCUCUCAAAUAUGGAAGUCACCUCCUCAGCCAAGGUCAACUCCUACAGGAAUCAUCUCCGGAGUGGGUUCGCCUGAAAACCGUGCAUCGAGAGGUCGAGAAUGUCCUGCACAAGCAAUACUUAGCCCUCUGCCAACAUAUACAAGUGCGACCCCUCGAGGCAACUUGGCUAGAUGACUUUGAUGCAGAGUGUGAGGAUGACGAGGUUGGUGGUGAGGACAGUGAGGGCAAGCAACUGGAGAAUAUCAUUGCAUCUGACAGAGAAGAGGAAAUACGUGAGAUAACCAAAGGGGAUGGAGACCAGUACUAUAAGUCAGAUAUCUCCAAAGCUGUGGAAAAAGGUUCACCUGAGCAUAGAGCUGUCAGAAGGUGUGAAAUGCCUUGCUCUAGGACCCCAAAAAAGGACUUGCCAGAGGUGGUCACAACUUCUGCUUCGUACACACCGCCUGGAAACCGUCACAACACUGUACAUGGGGCAGCUUCACAUGUAGUAGAUUCAUGUUGCAGUGAGGAUGAGAAAGGUCUUACUAAAUCAACUUCUAUUCUCGACACCAGUGGAGAGGAGAUUGAGAGCGAUCCCUUACCCAAUACAGAUGACAGUAAGGAUAGAAAUGCUAUAACUAAAUCAAUUUCUAUUUUGGACUCCAGUGUUGAGGAGAUUGAGAGUGAUUCCUUACCCAAAACAGAUGUCGGUAAGGGUAAGAAAGGUCUAGCUAAAUCAACUUCUAUUCUCGACACCAGUGGAGAGGAGAUUGAGAGUGAUUCCUUACCCAAAACAGAUGUCGGUAAGGAUAAGAAAGGUCUAGCUAAAUCAACGUCUAUUCUCGACACCAGUGGAGAGGACAUAGAAACUGAUCCCUUACCCAAUAGAGGAGGCAACAAGCAUGAGGAAAGUCUAACAAAAUUACCUUCUAUUCUCAACACCAGCGUGGAAAUCCGUGAGACUGAUCCCUUACCCAACAGAGGAGGCAACAAGCAUGAGGAAAGUCUAACAAAAUUACCUUCUAUUCUCAACACCAGCGUGGAAAUCCGUGAGACUGAUCCCUUACCCAACAGAGGAGGCAGUCAGAUUGAGAAAGGUCUAACGGAAUUAACCAGCGCAGAAGACAUUGCAAGUGACUCCAUACCGAGAUGUCAUAAGAGUAUAGCUGGAACAACUUUUGGCCCACCAGAUACAGGGAUGGACACAGUUAAACACAUCAAAACAACUUCCACGGACAACAUUGCCAGAAAAGACCCAGAAAUUGACCCACGAAAUACAGGGAUGGACACAGUUAACCGUAACAGCACAACUUCCACGGACAACAUUCCCACAAAGGACCCAGAAAGUAACCCCUCAAACAGUACAGUUGAGGCUGGUCGUCACACAUCUGCCAGAGUGACGGCAAUGUACCCCCGAGAAUCGACUAAACAAAGAUCCAAUUAUGAACUUUUGCCAAGACCACAGGACAGUGAUGUUGACCCAGCCAUACCAUCUUUAGAGCCUAGUGACCCAGGUCCUUCAGUAACCUCAUACCACUUGGAUGAGGAGCUGAGGGUCAUUCUGCAGAAGAUGAAGCCACAUGAAAAACUGGAAGAUAUGGACGCCCUUUCGCCUUAUAGUUCAGAGGGACACAGCCAUCCGAAGACAGGCGUUCAUGACCCAUAUGUGAUCCAUAGCUUACUGGCCCCAUUAAGUGAGUCUGAAGAAGAGGAACAGGAGAUGAAAAUACAUAACGGAGAGGAUGAGAUUGGAGAUGAGAUUUCCGUUCCCCCGAGGAUUUUCACCACGCAGAUGUCCGAGGGGUUUUCCGUGGGGAGCUCAUACAGGGACAACAUUCUCCAAGAAGACCUUGAUCUUUCUACGGACACUUUAGACCCGGACGACGAAAAGGAGGACGAGAAAGUACAUCGAAAACGAGCGUCAACGUUUAGCUUCCCAUCAACUCAAAGCUUCUCCUGUGAUCUGGAGGAUAGCGUUCCACCCCCAGGCCUGGAGUCCGAAGAAGCAGAGAAAGAUAAUGUUUCUAUAAGGCAUCAAAAACAGUGUCAGCACCACCUCCAGCAGCCAGUUCAUAAGGGCGUCAACAACAAUCGUCCUUGUACUGACACCCCAAACACACAAAAUAAGGAGAGUCCCAAGGAGCAGAGGGUAAGGUUAGCUGUAGUUAACUCUGCUGGGCCUGAUGGAAGGGGACCAGUGGGUGCAGAUGCCCAGGAAAUGUUUAAUGAGGAGGAUAAAGGAGAUUGCGAAAAUGAGGAAGCCUUGAAAGGGGUUCGGACAAAAACUCCUGAACCACGGAACAAACAAAAUACCGGGGUUGUGAGAGCAGAACGCAGAACAAUCGUGGAAGAAUGUACGAUUGAAACACCACAGGAAAGCCUUGAAAAUAUUAAUAAAGAAACAGUUGGCAAGGAAGGAAGAACAGAAGUUACUGAACCCCAGAAAAAGCAAAAAUUCGGGGUUGUGAAAGCAGAACGCAGAACAAUCAUGGAAGAAUGUACGAUUGAAACACCAGAGGAAAGCUUUGAAAAUAUUAAUAAAGAAACAGUUGGAAAGGAAGGAAGAACAGAAGUUACUGAACCCCAGAAAAAGCAAAAAUUCGGGGUUGUGAAAGCAGAACGCAGAACAAUCGUGGAAGAACGUACGAUAGAAACACCAGAGGAAAGCCUUGAAAAUAUUAAUAAAGAAACAGUUGGCAAGGAAGGAAGAACAGAAGUUACUGAACCCCAGAAAAAGCAAAAAUUCGGGGUUGUGAAAGCAGAACGCAGAACAAUCGUGGAAGAAUGUACGAUUGAAACACCACAGGAAAGCCUUGAAAAUAUUAAUAAAGAAACAAUUGACAAGGAAGCAAGAGCGGAAAUCGACAGAGAAAGCCUAACAGAAUCUAAAACCCGAAAACCCUUAAUAACCAUGAAACAAAAACUCUCAACACACACGGAAGAAAGAAACACAGAUGGGAUAGGAAACGUCACAGAACCUGAGAACGAAAGAACCUCAAGAACCAGAAAAGGGAACUCCAUUGACGAUGAAGAAGAACAACCUCGUGAAGCUGACGAAGGAAAAAACGUAGAUGGUAUAGAAAGGAUAAUCACAGUUCCGAGUGAAAACGUUGAAGCCAUCAUAGAAAAUGCUGCGGAGAAUGUGGGGAAAAGACCGUCAGAUGCUGUGGAACAUAUGUUUAUUGAGGAGGAAAAAAGAACUGUCGCUGUGGUAGAAAAAGACUCUGAAAUGAUGAAAGGAAGAACUACAGAAAAGGCUGAAGAGACUCCUAUUUGUGAGGACGAAGAAAUCACAGAUGCUUUGAAGGGAAGGACAAAUGUUGCUGUGUUAAAACCUUCUUGGGUUGUGAAAGAAAAAGACUCUGAAAUGAUGAAAGGAAGAACAACAGAAGAGGCUGAAGAGACUCCUAUUUGUGUGGAAGAAGAAAUCACAGAUGCUUUGAAGGGAAGGACAAAUGUUGCUGUGUUAAAACCUACUUUGGUUGUGACUCUGAAAUGA